AAUCCCAUCUUAGAAGCUUAAAAUUGCAUAUUACUUUUAAAAUUCAGAAAUGCAAAUAGAAAUGUUUUUGAUAUUAAUUGCUGGAGACAGAUGUGUAUGGAUAAACAUGUAGACACAGAAUAGCUUGAGAGAAGCUAUUUUCUGGGAGAAUGGCUAAAAUCAGUAGUUCCAAGGCUGCUUAUGUAAAAUACUUUCCUCCCUUCCUCCCAUCAUCCCUCCCUCCCUCCCUCUACUUCCCUUUUCUCUCCCCUCCCCUCUCCAUCAGCUCUCUCUUUUUCUGACUCAUGCUGGGUUUGAGGAAAUAAUUUUCUCUCUUUUCUUUUAUACAGAUCUCUGAGUAACUGGGGACUUGGCCUGCCUUGUCUACUGAGCCUGGGGGAAGAUUGAAUGGAGAUGAGUUGAUUAUAUUCCAUGAAGUCAUAGCUCACCACCAGCCAGGGUUUCAACUACUUCACCUGUGGACUAUUCUAAAUUUUGCUUUCUUGGGGAAAAAUACUGGGGUAAGAGGAGGUCAUUUCUAACAAGUUAGCAUCCUUCUUUCUCCCUCCCUUUCAAGUUGAUAUAAAGGAUAAGGCUGUGACUCCUUUUGAUUGCACCUUCAAAUCAAAAUAGGAGGAGGAGAACAAGAAAGGGAUAAUGGCUCUGAGUGGAAACUGUAGUCGUUAUUAUCCUCGAGAACAAGGAGCCACAGUUCCAAACUCCUUCCCUGAAGUCAUGGAGCUGAAUGUUGGCGGUCAAGUUUAUUUCACUCGUCAUUCUACAUUAAUAAGCAUCCCUCAUUCCCUCCUGUGGAAAAUGUUUUCCCCAAAGAGAGACACGGCUAACGAUCUAGCCAAGGACUCCAAGGGGAGGUUUUUCAUUGACAGAGAUGGAUUCUUGUUCCGUUAUAUUCUGGACUAUCUCAGGGAUAGGCAGGUGGUCCUGCCUGAUCACUUUCCAGAGAGAGGAAGACUGAAAAGGGAAGCUGAGUACUUCCAGCUCCCAGACUUGGUCAAACUCCUGACCCCUGAUGAAAUCAAGCAAAGCCCGGAGGAAUUCUGCCAUAGUGACUUCGAAGAUGCCUCCCAAGGAAGUGACACGAGAAUCUGCCCUGCUUCCUCGCUGCUCCCUGCUGACCGCAAGUGGGGUUUCAUUACUCUGGGUUACAGAGGGUCCUGCACCAUGGGCAGAGAGGGGCAGGCAGAUGCCAAGUUUCGGAGAGUUCCCCGGAUUUUGGUUUGUGGAAGGAUUUCCUUGGCAAAAGAGGUCUUUGGAGACACUUUGAAUGAGAGCAGAGACCCUGACCGAGCCCCAGAUAGAUACACCUCCAGAUUUUAUCUCAAAUUCAAGCAUCUGGAAAGAGCUUUUGAUAUGUUAUCCGAGUGUGGAUUCCACAUGGUGGCCUGUAACUCCUCAGUGACAGCAUCUUUCCUCAACCAGUAUACAGAUGACAAGAUCUGGUCAAGCUACACUGAAUAUGUCUUCUACCGUGAGCCUUCCAGGUGGUCAUCCUCGCAUUGUGAUUGCUGCUGCAAGAACGGCAAGGGUGACAAAGAAGGGGAGAGCGGCACGUCUUGCAACGACCUCUCCACCUCCAGCUGUGACAGCCAGUCCGAGGGCAGCUCUCCCCAGGAGACGGUCAUCUGCGGGCCCGUGACCCGCCAGACCAACAUCCAGACUCUGGACCGCCCCAUCAAGAAGGGCCCGGUGCAGCUGAUCCAGCAGUCGGAGAUGCGGAGGAAGAGCGACCUGCUCCGGACUCUGACUUCCGGCUCCAGGGAGUCGAACAUGAGCAGCAAAAAAAAAGCUGUUAAGGAGAAGCUCUCCAUUGAGGAAGAGCUGGAGAAAUGCAUCCAGGAUUUCCUCAAGAUCAAAAUCCCAGACCGGUUCCCGGAGAGGAAACACCCUUGGCAGUCGGAACUGUUACGGAAGUACCGUCUAUAGGGCAGGGCGGGGUGGGGGGAGACACAGACGCUGAGCAUUUUCAAAUUGACCUCCUAAAAGACACUCCUAUUCGCUAAGAAAAACAAGUACACAUUUGUUAGAACACAACGCCCAUUGAUAUACUACUGCCUAUUUACCUAAUUCACCUUAACACGCACAUCCACAGGGUAGAUUUCUUUCCAGGUGGGGAAGUAUAAGAAAAUCUUUUUUUUUUUCCUUAUGUGUUAAUUUGUUAACUUGGUCCCAUAUGCUGAUAUAAUGAGAGCCAGCCCUGCGAGAGGAGCUGAGAGGCCUCGGGAGUCAUUCAUCCCAAACUGGUUUUCCUCUCAUCUUCUACCUCCCUCCUGUAACCAGAAUAUGGUAGGGAGACAUCUGGCCCAAUGGCAUAUGUUUGAUUUAUUUAAAAUUUCCCUUUUCUGUUUGUUUAUAGGGAAAGGGGGUGGGGGGUGGCAGAUUUAUAUGACUUUUCACUCAAAUCUAUUAUGUGCCAGUUUAUAUUGACUCCGCAUGCAUGAGGAUUUGUGGGACACAAGUACAAGGAAGUGUGUACACACACCGUGCACGUGACCCCGGGGCCUGGACAGCUAGGAGGCUGCCAGCUCCUGCCAGCACUCGCUCAGGCAGAGGGCCUCUGCUAUUUUCUUAAAACCCUUCUGGGAGGAUUUCCCAGCCUCUCUUGGCAACACCUUAUAAUGUCAGAUAACCCUGGUCAUCAAGAAACUGUCUUCCCUUUUUUUUUGAAAUUAACACCCUAGGCUCCAUUUUACUGCAUUGCUCUUUCUCUGCAAUCAGAAAGGGUGAGAAGAGUUAGUCAGACUUUCUUUUUUUUUUACUUUAAACGAACAUUCAUAUCCACAAAAAUCACUAAUAAGUGGCCCCACACUCAGCCUCCUCCACUCUGAGCUGAGCGUUCCUUCUCUCACUGCUUCCCAGGUUCUUACUGCCUAUGCUUCAAUGGUGUGGCCUUCCCACAAAAUCCACAUUGAAUUCUUUGCGUUCCCACGUGGUCAUGGAAGGAAGAACACCACACAGUUCCCAGUUGAAUCAGGGUCCAGCUUUUUAUUUCUGAGGGAAUCUUAUUCUACACACCUCCUAACAAUUACUCACAGCUCUUCACACCUACAGCUAUACAUUGUCACUUUCUGGUAGCCAGUUGUGUUUGCCUUUGGGAUUUGGCUGUGUCCAUAUUAGGAUUGGCUGUCAUUUCUCUCAUCUCUGAACAACCCAGCUGGACAACUGGAGCUCCAAAACGGGAGGUUUUGGCUUUCUAACUAUCUUUCUUGAUUACAUCCUUGACCUUUGUAGACACAGCCAGAAAGAAACUGUUCCUAGCUACCCAGGCAUGUGACUGUAUUCUUUUAAUGUACCAAUAGCUCUUUCAUAGACUUGUGGUUAAUGAAGAUUAAGAAUCCAGGUUUUAUUUUUAGCAUUCCUCAUGCAUUUCAGUGGGAACUGAAAAAUAAUUUGUCAGUCAUUAUUUUUGUGCCAAGUACUCCUAAUUUUUUAUUGUGUGUUUGUGUGUAUCUAUAUGUAUCAUCACAGGUAAUAAAGGCAACUGGAUGGUGUCUGUAGGAGGGAAUACAAUGACCAAUUGCUUCUUUUUUAAAUAUUUCACUGAUGCAUCUUUGUUCUGUAAGAGGUUCUGUCUUAAUUCCUGUUAUUAGUGUCAUUAGUAUAUGGAUAUCUUUCUGAAUUUUUGAAUUUUUUGCUUUUAUACCAGUGCAACAGACUCAGCCAAUGUUUCCUUGUUGUGAUGAUUUAAAUAGAGUUUAAAGUUUUACUUAACUGAAAAAGAAAGUUUAUUGGGGAGUUGAGUUAUCAAGAGAAUUAUAAUUUAUGAAGUUAAUUGCUUUUCUUUUAUGUAUUUAUAUAGUAGCAUACAUUCUGUCUUAACUGCAACAUAGCUUUGUAAAGCCUACCUUUAUAUCUUCAUUCUUUUCAAUAUUUCUCACCACAUCAUAACACCAUCCUACUAAUAAUAGAAGAUCCUUCAAAGAGUCACAGAACUUAGUAGGUGAAGAACAAGUUGAACUGAAUGAAGAUAACCUCAAAUGACUCUCAUGAUCCUACUGGAAAUGCUUUCAGAGUUGGGGUUUAAAUAAAAUGGCCAAAGUUCCAAUUUUCUUCAAUUUCAGAGAUGACUGUAAUGGCAUCCAGACAGAGACACAUGAGUAAGGAUUGGAGAACUAGUAUGAUGGUAGUCAACCCACUACUUUGACUACAUACUUUAAAUAGUAUGUUAAACACUUCAAAGAAAAUUUUCAUGGCAUUAUUUCUGUCCAUUGACCUGUCAUGAAGUGUUGGUUUUUUGUUUGUUUGUUUGUUUUCUUCUUAGGCACUCUUUAUACCCCAGUGAACAAAACUAAUGGUAGGAAAUUUAUUUUAGAAAACAACAUUUCAUCUGGGUCAGCUGUAGACUGAUGCCUACACCAUAUGGUCCAAAUAACUAAGACAACAAUUUGUUCAUUUGCUUGCCUCUUGGUAGAGAGAUGGAUGUAGACUUGGUCAGGGAAAACCUCCAGGGAGGUACUGAAUAAAUGGAAAUCUUUAGUCCUGGUUUGAGUGGAGUUAUCAAGUGAUGUCUGUGCAGCCUGCAACAUUGGACAUGAGUUCUGGGUAAGUGAGUUAUGAUAUUAAAUUCUCUAGUAGUUCUGGCAGUCACUGUGAUUCAGGCCUGUUUUCUGAACUUAAAAUUGUUUUAAGAACUUUUAGCUCAAUUCUGGACAGAACAAUAUAUGUGGUUUGCUUCUUGAAUAUUGGUUAUGACAAGGGCUCAAACCUGCUGAUAUGAAGAAACUAAUGGCAUCUGGUGGGUCAAUUGAAUCAGGAGUCCAAUGUAUAGAGCCCCAACUUGAGUUGUUUUCUGGGAAAUCCUGCAGUUCUAAAAUCCAAGGAAAUGGAGGAGGCCACUUCCUACAAGUAUGUGGCUCUCCUGAAGUCAGAAACAUAUUCAUAAAGUAUUCUUACCCACCAUCAAAAAGGAAGUGGUCUGCAUUCAUCAAAAAAGAGGGGAAGACAGGAAAAUUAAACUGUUAGAUCAUGAAGGCCAUGUGCUCUCCCCCUGCUAGGAAGAAAUUGUGCUGAGAUUGGCCAUAAAACAAGAAAGUGAAGUGGCUUCCAGAAUGUACAGUGAUGCUGUCCUUUGUCCGUAGGCAUAGUUACCUUACUGGGAACACAUGCAUGGUUAAUUAAAAUAAAGGGAGAACAAUGUACAAAUCAUAAGCUUUCCCUUCACUCUUUAUUCCUUCAUAGCUAUGUUUACCCCCAAAUGAUUCAUUUGGUUUGGGGGACAUAGAAUAAAGGGGAGUCACCAUGGUGUUUUUCACUUUUCGAUUGGCCUGAGGUGAUUCUGAGGCAGCUUUGUCCACAGGCACAGAUGUGUGUUGUUCAUUCUGGGUCCUCUUAGUUUCCACUGAUUGAGCUUCUGGAUUACUUUUGCUUCUCUGGGUUUUAAAUUUCUCUCUGAUUAUCCUUUGUCUGUGCCAAGCAAAACAUGCUCCAGUGAGAAAAUGAAAGGCAUAUCUGGCAUUUUGCAAAAUUGCUUGAUGCCAGCUCCCAUAAUGGGAGCCAAACGUUGAUUCUCAUACAUUUUCCUUCACUAUAGUUUCAACUUUCCAACUCUGUGGUUCCUAGUUGAGUGCUGGUAUUUCUGUCAUGCCCUGGAUGAUAUAUUGUGAACUCUAACUAACCUUGGUCUUCUAGGUGACCUUUAGUAGAAUUAAUAAGGCUUUCUGUAAGCUUUUAGGUGGAAUUCUUAACUACCUCCACCUAACAUAGCAGUUUUCAAAGGAAAAAUUAAGGCAGUUACUUCCUCUCCCCACCUUUCCUCCCAGUCUCUGUGGCAGAUAAAUGUGGAUUUUGUUUGUUUGUUUGUUUUUUCCAAUUUGCAUGCUGGGUUAUAGGGUUAGCAUGGACCAUUUCUCUCUUUAAUGUGUUGAUAUUAUUGGGUCUUGCAAUCUCGAUGGCCCACUGUUUCAAUUUAUUUAUUUUUGUUUAUAUUGUCAAAAUAACACACUGGAGGAAGAAUCAGAAUGAACAUUUUGUGUUCUGAGUCAUGAUGAAGUUAGAGGUCAUUUGCACAGGACUGUGCAAUGAUUAAUAUCUGCAGAGAAAUUAGACCAAAUGGAACCUGCUGGAAUGAGUUUGAUUGAUAUUGCUUUCAUCAUUCUAGGUUUUGAAGAAAUGGUUAUUGCUUUCCACCCCUGCUAAAAGAAAAGAGUCUUAAACUUUAAUAAUCACAGUGUUGUGAUGUGACCACAGAGCUUAUUUGUUUUAAAUGUCUGUUUUUCUCAUCUUGCUGUACACAUUGAGUGGAGAUUCUUUUUUUUUGGUGACUUCCAUUGCAAGCUGUUUAGCAGUUUUGUUUGUUUUCAAUACUCAGUGUGUACUAAAAUUAAAGUCAUGUGUAGCACUUGUUAAAGUGGAGAGUCAUACACCCUAGCCCCAGAAAGUCUGAUUCAGAAACUUCAAGUAGGGCCAAGGAGUUUGUUUGGGGCUAGUAUUCUUAAUGAGUUGGAUGGGAUGAUCUGUGGCCUUACUUUGAGAAACUCUGCUAUUUUAGAGACCAUACAGGGGUCAGCUUUUCUCUCACUUCCUAGUGGCACUUCCUUUUCACUACAAAUAAUUCAAAGUAUGCAGUGUUUAUUACCUUAAGAGAAAAGGCCCAAAGAAGACCAUCCCAGGACCAUGGUAGAGUUCCAUGAUUCUUUUGGACUUUUAUAUGUCUGCCGUCCAUAACCUCUUCUCCAUUUUGCAUGUGUUAGUGCCUUUUACUUACUUAUUUAUUUAUUUAUUUAUUUAUUUAUUUAUUUACCAAACUAAAAGCUUGCACUUAUAGUGCAAUAUAAUUUAGUCCCUGGGUAGAGGGGACCACAUCUCUGAGUGAGAUGGAUCCUAAUGAUGCCCAACAGGAAAUAAAAAUCGUGACCUCACCCAAGGAGAGUUAUUCCUCUCUAGGCCCUUAUAAAGUUGGAGUCAGAGGAACUUGAGAGUGAGCUCUAAUUUACCUGUGCCUAGAGGUGGGUGCAUUAACUUCACAUACUAACAUCACCAAAAUUAAUAUAAAAUGAUCAAUGAAUUGAACUGUAUUUCCUCAAUGAAAUCCUGAGUCAUUGUCCAAUUUGACUCAAGCAGGACUAUGAAGCUCUCAGAGAGCUGAAGAUCCUGAUCCCCAAUAUUAACUACAAACUUCAAGCAAAACCUUUGAGAGGGAAUAAAUAGAAAAAAAGAAGUGAGUUCCUAAGUGGUCAUAUAACAUGUGACACGGCACAAAGUUCUGUAACUUUCCAGUCACUCUAACCAGGGGAGAUGGUAGUACUCUAAUUAUUCAGAUAGAAAAUUUUUGGAAGGUUUCAACGGUCCAGUUGGUUCUGUCCUUAUCACAGAAUAACUGGGAGAGGUACCAUUUUCCUACAUCCAUUCACUAUUAGAAAUAAAUAAAUGGCUUAAAUUCACGCUUGUCAGGAUCAUCAGUGAGUAUUUAAAUACGGCUGCUGCUAAAGGAAAGGGACUUUCAAGUUAAUGAACUUGAGCUGCUAAUUCAGGUGAUCGGGCCACAAUUAUUUUUAAAUGUUAUUAAUAAAUUGGUUCUGCUUGCCUUCCUUCUUCUACUUCCCAAGUCAAUCCCUUUAAUGCCCCUGCUUCCUAACCUUUAAAAAAAUAUGUUCCUGUUGUUUGUAACACAGUGCUUUGUUUACUGGCUAAAAGAUUGUUAGUUCCUUAACUGUCACUCUUGCUUUAUUUACAGUGAAAAGGCUAAAGAAAAAUUUGCCCAGGCCCAGCAACUAUCAAGGGCUUUGUCCUAGGGCAAGGGGCUGGUGAUUUUCCUUUUAAUCAGCCUUCUAAAUCCUCUUACAGGCCAACUGGAGGAUUUAAUAAGUCUCCUUCCUCUAGCAACCUCUUCCAUCUUGUCAGUUUAUUCUUAAUGUUGACCUUUAAGUUAAUUUCCCUGCAUUUGCACAAUAAAAAUCCACAUUACUUCAGACUGCCUCCAUGCUAAUGUGGGCUCCAUUCGAGAGUGGAACCAGGAUUGAUGCACAAGUAAUGGAGAAGGGUUGCUUUGUAAUUGUGUGAGUGUGUGUGUAGACACAUGUGCAGUUUUUAGGUUUGUGUUGAGUCAGCGGCUAAUGUCCAUGGUAAUAUUGAUACUAUCCAAGUGCCUGGAAAAAAGUCUUUGGUUACAAAGUUUAACAGCUUUUAAUUCAUCACAGUGGUCUGCAAGGAGGGUGUCAGUCCUUGAGAAUGUCGAGGAAAGCUUAUCUCCUGGUGUGACAUUCAAACAAUCCAGAUUUCCCGGUAAAAAUCAAACUCAUGUUUAUUCAUAUAGUCAACUCAAAAAAAGAAAAAAGAAAGAAAGAAAAGAUAAGAAGGAAGAGAGGAAGGAAUGAAGGAAGGAAAGAAAAACUCCACAAUGCCUUGAAGUCUAAACCAUACUGAGGAUUAACCCUGAUCAUCACAGAUUUUCUCAGUGUGUGCCAGUGGUCAGUGGUUUAUCCCUGUAUCUGAGGGGAACAAUUCCGGGAGAUACUCUUCUCUGGUUUGAGUGGGUUUUUUCCAUUUACGGCAGUGAUUCUCACAGGGGGGUGCAUCCUAGGGAACUUUUGGCAAUACCUGGGGACCUUUUUUAUUGCCACGACUUGAGAGGUGCUACAGGCCUCCAAUGAAUAAAAACCAGGGGACGCUGCCAAAGUCUCACAAUGCACAGGACAGUCCCUACAAGAAAGAACUGUUCAGCCCCAAACUCAAUAGUACUGAGGUUAGGCACCUUGAGUUAAGGGUUGGCUCAAAUUUUUUAAAGAAUUCUUACCCCAUAGAUGAAGAUCUCUGGGACAAAAGGUAGGAUGAAAUAGAAGAAUGAUUAGUACCACCUUAAAUCUACAUAAGGUUUAUUUGAAGCUAAAAACAAUGAUCUCUUUAUGCAAAUGUAAACACUGAGAUUUAGAGGGAGAAAUGUGUAAUUUUUUCCAGGGUUUCAUUAGUGAUGGGCAGGCCUGGGGUCUAUGUCUCUGUCUUUUGCUUCUGUCUCGUUCUGCUUCUGAAAAGGAUACUUCAGUGAAGACAUAAACCUUAACAGCUAAAUAUGUUUAUUAUAAAAGCAACAUCUAAAGGCUGCUGGCAUACCCACCUCAUUAUAUAACAUUCUCCCUCUGUUCUCUGCUUCUCUUUCUUCUACUCCAAGCAAAACGUAGCAAGGAAGAAUCCAAUCCAAUGCUCUCCAUGAAAGUUAUUAAGUUAUUAGCUAUUUUAAAUGGCAAAUUCCGUUAGAGGAGACAUCUUCCUAGGAGAUAAAGGAGAGACAGAUCUGGAGGACUAGUUUUGCCUACCACAGACUGUGCCUUAUGGCACAAGCCUUUUCAAGGGCCAGUGAUAUUGUGGACCAAGUGUCUGGUGCGUACUGUUAUGCAUGAACUCCAGUGUGGCAAGAUAGUUCCCAUGCCAGGAGAACUGCAGCUGCAGCUGCUUGUUGUGCUGUUUCCAGGUCACCAGGGCAAGCUCCAUGGGAGUAAAUAGGUGUGUGUGCCUGUGUGUAUGUGUGCCGCAUCUAUCUGCUGUUUUCACCUUCUUGGCUUUUUAAAGAACCUUCAACUUUGUUCAAGACAGGUCAGAAAACCCAAUAUGACUGGCUGCUCCCAACAUCUCAUCAAAACUGCUCUAAGUUGGAAAAAUGAGAGGCAGCUACAAAAAAGAAACUGCACUGAAAUAUAUGUGGGAGAGAGGGGUGUGUGUGUGUGUGUGUGUGUGUGUGUGUUGUAUAUGUGUGUUUAUGUAUAAAAUUUUGUAUAUAUAUGUAUAUAUGUUUGUACAUCUAUCUAAAAGUAUAUAUCUAUAUAUCUAUAUACAUAUGUAUACACAUAUAAAAAAAUCUCAUAGUUUGAAACUUUGAAAUUUUGAUUUUGAGGGAUGAUGUUAAUGAUAAUGAUGAUUAUUUAUAUUUGGUUUUCUAGAUAGUUUAGUUAUAUUUUCCAAAAUUAUCUUUAACUAUGUAUGUAUGUAUUUCUUUAUAGUAGAGAAAAUAUGAAUAAAAUACCUUGGUUUAACACUUAUGGAUACAAAAUGAAACAAAGGUGCAUUUGAUGAAAAGCCAAGCUUGUAUAAACUGGCUUUCUUACUUAAACUAUUUGUUGGAAUUUCAAACUAUGUGUUUUUAAACAUGUUCAUUAAAAAAACAACACCCAAAAUACACACACACACACACACACACACACACACACAACUCUCACCAAAUGAACAUGAAGAUGUUUAGGAAAAAAAUAAGAACAUAUAAGUCUAUGACAAUACAAAUCCAAUGGUUAUCACGCUAAUGGUACUUCACCAACACAUUGGUUAAUUUACUAUCUACUCACUGAUUUUGACUUCAUCAAUCAUGGGGUUCCUGUUGGCCUUACACAAAUUGGAGGUGGAGCUCAUUAUCUGUAUAAUCAUUUUAAAACUAUAGUAAAUAAUUUAUAUGUACAUUGUAAAUAUAUACUAAAGCUCAAGGGCACAUUGUAAUAAUAACCAGUCACUUUCUAGACUCCUGCAAAUAACACUUUAAGCCUGUUUUAUAGGUACCAUAAUAAUUGCUCGAAGAAGGAACAACAUAAUGAAAUACAAGAAAAUAUUAAUGAUCUGUUUUGGCAUCCUGUAGACCAAAAUUUAGUAAUAAUCAAAUGACUAAAAUUUGGGUACUCUUAAGGACAUAGUAAGUUAUUUUUGUAGUCAGAGCUACGUGCUUUGCAUAUUUUGAAGAAUGUAAAGUGUUUUCAGUCAACCUAUGCAAAUGGAGCUUCCCUGGUGCUCCUUGGGACCAGUAUGUCUGUACACAAGCCCAAACCAUCAGACACUCAGCCUGGCUCCCAGUCCAGGGCUCAGCUCGAAGUCCAAGCAGAGUCCAUCUCCUAGGGGCCUGGCCUGUCAGGUUUGCUCAUACAAUCAGAAGCAUUUGCAAAUUAAUCCAGUAUGGUCAUCAUUUUUUUGCCACAAGCUCCCUGCAGAUGUGAUCUUAAAAGCACACAUGAAGAAAAUUAACUUUGUAGCAAUUAAAUAUUCUAAUUUGGCUUAAGGAUUCUUGAAGAAGGAGUGAUUGUUUUUCCCCAUAAAUUUUGGAGAAAUGGGGAAGAUUUUACAUUAUCCCUGGCUUCAAGUUCCUCUGUCAUUUAUUUAUUUUUAAUCCAAAGGAGAAUGUUGGAUCAGGAGAAUUUUUCUUAAAAUAUUAUGCUUAGUUUAGAAAAGGUCAGAUUCUAAUAUUUUUGUAACUCACACGGGGGAGUGGUGUAGAAGGGGGGUAUCAACCCCUCAUUACCAUGUUUCUGAUCUAAGAAAGUGGAUUCAUGAAUUACUGGAAUAGUAUCAUACUUAAAAUACAAACACAGGGUGGGGAGCUGAAUGUCUGAGUCCCACCGCAGGCUGUCUAUGGGGUCUGCUGUAAAUGGGUCACCAAUUAGAUCAAGAAUUUUUAAGUAAAAUCAAGGAUCUUUGUGUUGCCUGAAGGAAUUGAAAUAAUGAUCUCAGUUGAAUUCCUGUUCCCCUCAUCUGUCAGAACCAGUUAAGCACUGGGUCAAACCUAACAAAAUAAUUGGUCCAAAUUAAGUCGACAUGUUUAAAUAUUAUCAGCACCAUCCUGGGCACUUCUAAAGACCCUGUUGCUUAGGUUGCAUAGAGAUCUCCAAUGAAUUUGUCAGGGAUUCUCAGGCUCCUCUUUUGCUAGAAGAAUCAGAAUUGAGCUCAUGUUCCUCUUUCCUGACCUCAUUCAAGUGCUUGACGACUUGGGUCAGUUAGUGGCACAUUGUUGUAUACCAAGUGACACCCACUGAAAUUACCUCUUCUCCUGUACAAUGCAGUUCACUUGUACAUAAGUGUAAUGUCAAAUUGUUUACAGGUUCUCUCUGUGUGUAGUUGUGAUAGCAGAUUUAGCUCAAACUUUAAAAGAAUCUGUUCAAUGAAUGGUGUUUAAAAUGAAUGUGCUUAUUACAAUAUAAACAUCAUUAAUCAUGGACUUACAUGAAUGCAUGUCUACCCGUCGUCAAUUCCCAGCAGCUCGGUUAUUCAGCAAAAAGUCUGUGAAUAGCAAGUAUGCAUAAACUACGUGACUCUGGUAACUCAGUAACUGUUAUUACCUUGGAUUGUAACACUGUAGAUUUUAGCCUGCUGUAUUUCUUCCUUGCCUACUUGUUUUUGCGAGAGAAACAUGGUAAAUGAUAGUACUACUAAUUGUCCCAAUGGAAUUGCACACAUUCUUGGCGACCAUUGGUCCAUCCAAAAGGCAACUAUCUGCCUUCUGAUGGAGCAAUGGCCCUGAGCAAGGUAUACAUAUAUACAUACAUAUCUAUGUAUGCAAUAUCAACAAUGCCAAUUACUACUGUCUAUUCUCACUGCCAGUGGCACAAACUACUGUUUUAUUUGGAAUCAUUGAUGGAUAUAAAAAAAUUAAUUUGCUAUUAACUGCUUUCAUAUUCUGUUCAGUUGUUAUAAUAUGGUGAAUGAUACAGGUGCGGUAUCAGUAUUGUAAAUUGUGUGGUGAACACUGCAAAAGUCAUUCUGUGGAUAUAUUUUAAAAGGCAGACAAGAAACUAUAUUUCAGAUUCUUGUGUGAAUAUAAUAAUUACAGACAUAGGUAACUAUUUUUAUGUGUUUCCAUAAAUGACUCCAUUUCAUAUACAUUGUAAUUUAGCACUGAUCAUAAUAAAUAAUUUGGUAACA